UGAGCUGAACCCACAUCCGUUGAUCACGUGUUAGCUCAAAAACAAAACAGCAACUCGGAGCUGAAUUCUUCGAUUUAAAUUCAACUUUUAGUUUCAAAUUCAUCUUGUUUGCAUGCAGUCGAAACAUUCAAAAUGUGCAAAAUAAAAAUCAACGCAGCUGUUUUCCUCAUAGUUCUUAAAAUGUUUUUGGUGGCCACAUCUGCCUUCGAAGAGACAUGCGAAUUCGACCGUGAAAUGGAAAAAAAGUGCCGGAUUCAUUAUUAUAAAACCGUAAAACCAUUGCUUGAUUAUUUUCGACAGGUUAGAAAUGAGUUAGAAGACAAAGAAAUUAAGGAAAAUAAGUUAAAUGAAUUAAAUUCGGAUCUUAUGGAAAAGUAUCAUGAAAUUGUAAGAAUUCAUGAAAAAUUCAUGAAGGAGGCAACUCUUCUAGAUGAAUAUAAAAACAAAGUACUUAAAGGGGAAAACGAUUUGCAAUUGAGUCAAAAUAAAGUUGAGAAAUUAGAAUCUAAAAUUAAAUCACAAAAACAAAUUAUUGACAAAUUAACACCAAUUUCUAAACUUUAUGAUAAAUGUAAAAAAGAAGUAGCAGAUAAAACCAGCAGCUUAGAAUCUUCUGAAGUUCAAUUAAAACAACUUAAUUUUAGUCUACUUGAAAAGGAUGAAAAUAUAAGGAGACUUAAUGCAAAUAUUGAAAAGAUUACAGAGCAACAGCAAACACUUAAGUUGCACUUAGAUGAGAGUCAAAAUAUGUCAAUUAAGAAAAACAAAGAUAAUCAGAUAUGUCGACCUGAAAUUGAUACAUUGAAUAAGACUUUACCCAAUAUUGUUAUCCCAACAAAUUGCUCUCCUUUUGGAGAUUAUCCUGGUGUUCAUCAAGUCAAUGUCUCUGGCGUAGGUUUAUUCGAUGUUUUAUGCGAUAGUCAGUUAGCUGGACCUGGAUGGAUUGUAAUACAACAACGAGUUGGGGGAAAUGAGGAUUUCAAUAGGGAUUGGGCAACGUAUCGCAAAGGUUUCGGUUCCUUUGAGAGUGAUUUCUUCCUUGGACUCGAGAAGAUACAUCGUAUCACGAGUUUGAAGCGUACCGAACUUUUUAUACAUUUGGUUGAUGUAUAUAAAACUGUUUACUUUGCUCGUUAUGACGACUUCAAAAUAUCUGAUGAAGACAAUGGAUACGCACUGAGUUUGGGUACAUUCAGUGGAGCUUUUAUUUUGGAUGGAAUGAGAUCCAGCGAAAACAUAAAAUUUACAACAUUCGAUCGCAAUAACGACUCUGCCAGAAAUAAUUGCGCAGCUCAAUACGAAAGUGGCUGGUGGUACAAUAAUUGCUAUUAUUGUAAUUUAAAUGCACCAUAUGGGCCAAAUCUACAUUGGUUGGGCACUACAAUGAGCGAUAUGAAACUAAAAGAAGUUAAGAUGCUAAUUCGUCCCGAAAGAAGCGAUGAAGAAGUGAUAAACUGAAGAGCUGAAAUUCCGAUAAUUGACUCAACUAUGUAAUCAUUUAUAUAUAAUUGGUGCUUUAAGAAUUUGCUUUCCGAAUAAUAAAACGAUCGACUGUUUAAUGCAGCGAUUUAUUUUUGAAUGUAAAUAAUUCGAUUUUUA